UUUUUAAUUUUUUAAUUUUCAAUCACAUCAUUCCAAAUCCUUGGGAGGUAAUGAUUUGUGGCAAAAAUAUAUAAUACACUUGAGCGUCCGUACGAACUCUGGCCAAUUAGCCUUUAGAUUAUAAUAUUAUUAUAAUGCCCUUCAAACCCUCAUUUUCCUGUAGCAAAAUUCAUCGCAGAAAUUCAUUCAAUUGAUUGCAGACGAUAGCAAAUAUAAUAAAUUUGACAUAAAUUUAAUGCCCAUUUUCGAACUCCCUGUGAAUAGUUAAUUCAUUUUGGUCUCAUAUUCCUUACAAUUUUUUUUUGUUCUUUUUAGAAAGGCUUUUCAAUUCUGCUCGCAUUUUUUUGUGAGCGGCAGUUGGACAUUUUGUCACUGGAUUAAAGUGGCUGCCAGUAAAUCUUAGUUUUCCAAUCGUGGAUUUAAUUAUUAUAAUUUUUUUUCGCGGGAGGCUUCGAGGUCGACGAAACACUUCAAGUAAAGGCAUCAUUCAUUUUAGGGAGAAAAUAUACUGGAUUUGGUUGGAAAGAUCUUAAGGAUAUCAGUUUUCCACAAUCCAUAACAGUUCUUUUUACUGUUUUUGGAAAGAGCUUAUGCAAAUUCUAGAUGAGAACCAAGAGUUUAUUUAGUAGGAGAAAUAUGGUCAUAGGUGGUUCACCAAGGGCCAGCAUUUUGUAAGCUUUGGGAUUUUGGAUGCUAAGAGCAAACUUUUGUUCGUAUAGCUUCGUGAUGAAGAAGUUGCAGUUAAGAACAUGACAGUGAUUUGGAAAUGGACUGGUGUUGAAGAAGUGUUAAAUGUGGAUUUUUUAUAAUUCUAAAUACACUUCUUGCUAUUCCUUCUGCAUUUCAGUAUCAAUUAGACAAUGCAGAUAGUAGUGGUAACUUUAGUCUUUUUGACAGUCUUGGUUAGAACUUUUGUAGAAUUCUAGUGGAGAAGUAUAUCAGAAUGCAGGCUCAAGCACACAUUCCCGGACAGGCUGCUGGUGACACUGGAGGACAGAUACCUGGUUUGACACCACAGAAUGGAAGCAGUUUAUCUUCACAUAUUGGAGGCUCUUGGAGGACAUGGAAAGGGGGCAGUGAUUUGCCCAAUGUGCGAAAUUGUAUGUUAGACAAAAUAAUUGAACUUCUGAGACGGCGUAAAAAUUCCCCUGGUUUGGAGAAACAACUUUGUAAUGUAGCAAGGCGUUUGGAGGAAGGUUUAUUUAAAGAAGCUACUACAAAGGAAGAGUACAUGGACAUUCGGACUCUGGAAACACGAUUGCAGGCUUUUGCCAAGCGUUCCCAACAUGGUAAUUGUAACCAAAGGUUUGUCCCACAUUCUGUUUCUUCCAAUGGCACUGUGGGAACAAUGAUUCCAACUCCAGGUAUGCCAAAUACUGGAUUUGGAUAUUCAGUGAUGUCAACUUCCAGUGGGGAUAUUUCCAUGAUGCCAGUUCCUAGUUCAAAAACUUUGAUUUCUAAUCCUUCUGGCAUGGGAUGUAUGCUUUCUGCUGGUAGUGGGUCUGAUCAUGUACAUUCUAACUCAUUUAUAGCAGCUGAUGGUAAUUCCAAUAAAAUGAAUGUUUUGGUUGAUUCUGGAGACAACUUGUCAUCUGUUCCGGGACCCCUAGGCAACAUGCCUCAAUGUCAGCAGGGAGUUGGAGGCAUGUCCAUGGGUGCAGCAAAUCAGAUAAUGCCUACAACAGGUUUCAGGAGUCGGAUGAUUCCAACCUCUGGGUUAGGAAAGUCUCCCUCUGGUGGAAUGGGUUAUUCAAGUGCUAACUACAUAGGAACUACUCCACAGCAAAUUACUGGGGGUGCAAAUGGGCACUUCUAUCAGAAUAUGAGUGGUCAAAUGGGUGGUAAUAACAUGCAGCGGAAAAAUUCUUCCUAUGGUUUAGCAAAUGGAAGCAUGAAUUGCGGGAUACAUAUGGCAGAAAAUAAUCAGAAUUUGAUGAAUAAUACCACAGCAUUAUCCAAUUCAGGAGGCUACUCAAAUGCUUCGCAGUAUGGUAAUGUCCAACUGCAUGCCCCCUCAGACCACAAUACCACUCAGCAGCAACGACAAGGUCUUCUGCAAUCUGCAAUGACCAAUCCAGUGGUUCCAUUAUCUGGUGAUGUUUAUGCAAUGAAUGCAGCCGAUCUUGCAGGUUCUGGAAGCUUAUAUGGACCUGUAUCAUCCAGUGUACUUCCAGUAGCAUCUAGCUUGAAUGGGAAAUCCUUAGGGUUACAAUCAACAAGGAUGAUACCUGUCCCUGGAUUGCCUUCACAGCAACAAAUAUUGCCAGCGAUACAGCAAAGCCAACAGAAUCAAUCACAGAAAAUGAGUAGUCCACAUGGGUUAUCUUUCUUGCCAAAGGGUCAAUCAAUUCAACUAAAGCAGCAGAAGCUAAGGUAUCAGCAACACCACAGUCACCAUCAGCAACAGCCACAUACAUAUCAACAGACACAUGUGCAUCAACAAAUACAACACAGUCAACAACAACAGCAACUACCUGUAGAAAGAAGAGGUGCACUUCACAAUCAACCUGAAUUUAUGGUCUCUGGUCAGAAAAAGGCAGGAACUGAAACACAUCAGAACGGAGCACUAAAGAAAGAAUUGGAAGAAAAAAAAACUCUUUUACUUCCAACAAGCCAACAACAGCAGGUUACUGUCAAUAAUCCAGCACAGCAAUCUGAGGAACUGAAUGAUAACUCUAAAAAUGCUCAGCAUCUCAGUCAAUUACAAUCUCAGAAAUUGCACAAGCUACGGGUUUCAUCAAGUCAAGAUCGACAAGAAGCGGAGUCUAAUAAUGUUUAUAAUGAUGUUGCAGCUCAAGUUAAGCCAGAAGUUUGGUUGCAAGGAGAGCAGGAGUUGCAAGCGCCGGAGAAGCACCAUCUUUCGCAGCAAUUUUCUAGUAUAAUAAAGCAGCAACAACCAUCCCAGGAACAAUCACCACAGCUAAAGGAUCAUGAUGUGGUACAAGAACAGCAACCAUCACAAGAAGUUUCAGGAAAUGCUAUUACUUCAACUGCAACAUCCCAACCAAGGCCUGGGACUGCUGGAUCUGCUUCUGGUAGUAUGCAGCCCAGUGUUAGUUCUGAACAACAGAAAAUGCAGUACUAUAAACAACAAAUGUGGCUGCUUUUUUUGCACCAUGUCAGUAGAUGUAGAGUUCCAGAAUGUCGAACUCCUAAUUGCAUUGUAGGGCGGGAGCUGUGGGCACAUGUUACCACAUGCCGUGACACACAGUGUAGUUAUCCACGUUGUCGUGGAUCUCGGAAGCUUCUAGUUCAUCAUCAACAAUGUCAAAAUAACACUUGCCCUGUUUGUGGACCUGUUCGCCAUUUUAUUAUGAAACAACGUGCAAAUGGCUAUGCUCAAUCAUCAAAUCUUGGAGCAAUAGAUUGUAUGAAUGUUGUGCCAAAAUCUUCAAAUUUUAACAAUACAGCUGGAACUAAAAUAAAUUUGCCAGCAAGUUCUGGAGCUUCCAUACAUGACUCAGCACAGGAAGAACAACCUCCAAGUAAAAGAAGAAAGUCUGAACCUUCCUCUCCAAGUUACACACAUCAGGAAGCUGAAAGUGCAAUGGUAUCUGGGACAAGUCCAAGUGAGGUGCAAGCAAUUACCCAAAUGCAAACUCAAGAUUUUGAGUCAAGUGGACAUGAUGCAGGUAUGAUGAAAUCUCAUGCAUUGAAGUCAUCCAAAGUAGAACCAAUACCUGUGAAGAUAGAGCAGGCUGCGAGUCCACAACAAGGAUCUAGCCAAAAAUCAUGGGAAUUCAAGAAUGAUAUUUGUCAGAAUCCACAUGCUGAACAUGGGCAUAUACAAGGGCAACGGGUUAAGGCAGAACUUGCAAUGCCUUCUUCUGGAAGUGCCCCUGUGCAAGUUAAGCAAGAAACUGUGCAGGUUAAACAUGAAACUAUAAUUGAUAUUCCCUCCGCCGAUAAUUCAGCUUCUGAAAAAUUUGUUAAGUCAAAGAUCAAAGGUGUUUCUUUAACAGAGCUUUUCACCCCUGAGCAGAUAAAGGAACAUGUUAAAGGGCUGCGACAGUGGGGUUGGCAGAGCAAAGCAAAGGCUGAAAAAUAUCGGAAUAAGGAGCUCCAAAUGACUGGUGAAACAUGCCAGUUAUGUAAUUUAGAUACAAUUACAUUUGAUCCACCCCCUAUUUAUUGUUCACCAUGUGGGGCCCGCAUCAAGCGCAAUGCAUUGUAUUACCUUUUGGGAGCUGGUGAUACAAGACAUUGUUUUUGUAUAGCAUGUUAUAGUGAAAGUCGAGGUGAUUCAGUCAAGAUAGAUGGAAAUGCAUAUCCAAAGUUGAAGCUUGAGAAGAAGAAAAAUAUGGAUGAAAUUGAAGAAUCGUGGGUGUGUUGUGAUAUUUGUGAAAAAUGGCAACAUCAAGUAUGUGCGCUAUUCAAUGGUAAAAGGAAUGAAAAUGAGCAGGCAGAAUAUACAUGCCCAAACUGUUACACAGAGCAGAUAAAGAAAGGUAUACGGAAACCAUUACCACAGAGUGCUGUUCUUGGUGCAAAGGAUUUACCAAGGACUUUUCUGAGUGAUCACAUUGAGCAAAGACUUUUUAGACGUUUAAAAGAGGAGAGACAAGAAAGAGCAAAAGCCCUAGGCAAGAACUUUGAGGAGGUGCCAGGAGCUGAGGCUCUUGUCGUGAGAGUUGUAUCAUCUGUUGAUAAAGUACUAGAAGUGAAACAGCGGUUCCUAGAUAUGUUUCAACACCAAAAUUAUUCAAAUGAAUUUCCAUACAAGUCAAAGGUCCUCCUGUUAUUUCAAAAAAUUGAAGGUGUAGAGGUUUGUCUUUUUGGUAUGUACGUGCAAGAAUUUGGGUCAGAAUGCUCCCAUCCAAAUCAGCGACGCAUCUAUCUCUCCUACUUGGAUUCUGUGAAGUAUUUUAGGCCGGAGGUGAAAACUAUGAAUGGUGAAGCUCUUCGUACCUUUGUAUAUCAUGAAAUUCUGAUUGGAUAUUUGGAUUACUGUAAGAGACGUGGCCUGACUAGCUGUUAUAUUUGGGCCUGUCCUCCGCUGAAGGGAGAAGAUUAUAUUCUCUAUUGUCAUCCUGAAACACAGAAGACACCAAAAUCAGAUAAACUCCGUGAAUGGUAUCUAACGAUGCUACGUAAGGCCAGCACGGAGGAAAUUGUGGUGGAUGUGACAAAUAUGUAUGAUUACUUUUUUGUGUCUACUGGUGAGCGGAAGGCUAAAGUCACCGCAGCUCGCUUGCCAUACUUUGAUGGGGACUACUGGCCUGGGGCUGCUGAGGAAAUGAUAAUGCAGAUACAGAGGGAGGAAGCAGAUGGUCUGAGAUAUCAGAAGAACAAAAAAUAUAUGACAAAGAGGUCCUUGAAAGCUGCUGCUCAAACUGAUGUUGCUAGCAACACUUCAAAGGACACUCUGUUAAUGAAGAAACUUGGAGAUUCCAUCCAUCCAAUGAAAGAAGAUUUCAUUAUGGUUCACUUGCAGCAUGCAUGUACCCAUUGUUGUUUGUUCAUUGUUUCUGGCAAGCGUUGGGUUUGCAAACAAUGCAAAAAUUUUCAACUUUGUGAGAAGUGUUAUGAGGCAGAACAAAAGCUUGAUGAAAGGGAAAGGCAUCCUGUUAACAAUAGGGAAAAGCACCUGUUUUUUCCAAUUGAGGUGAUGAAUAUUCCAGCAGACACAAAGGAUAAAGAUGAAAUCAUGGAAAGUGAGUUCUUUGACACUCGCCAGGCAUUCCUAAGUCUUUGUCAAGGAAAUCACUACCAGUAUGACACAUUGCGUCGUGCAAAACAUUCUUCCCUGAUGGUACUCUACCAUCUUCAUAAUCCAACGGCACCUGCUUUUGUGAGUACAUGCAACAUUUGCCAGCAUGAUAUUGAGACAGGACAGGGAUGGCGCUGUGAAAUUUGCCCUGAUUAUGAUCUUUGCAAUGUUUGCUAUAAAAAAAACGACUCUGUGAAACAUCCCCAUAGAUUGACAGCUCACCCGUCCCUAGCUGAUCGGGAUGCACAAAAUCAAGAAGCAAGGCAGCAACGGGUUCUGCAGCUCCGGAAGAUGCUUGAUCUUCUUAUACAUGCUUCUCGGUGCCUCUCUCCUCAAUGUGCAUAUCAAAAUUGUCGGAAAGUCAAAGGCCUCUUUCGCCAUGGCACAAACUGCAAAAAACGUGCUGCACAGGGCUGCAGCCUUUGCAAGAAGAUGUGGCAUAUAUUACAGUUACAUGCACGAGCUUGCAAGGAAUCAGAAUGUCGUGUUCCUCGUUGCAAGGAUUUGAAACAGCACAUUAGGAGGUCCCAAAAUCAAAUGGAAUCACGGCGCAGAGCUGAUGUUAUGGAAAUGAUGAGAAAUCGUGCUGCAGAGAUUGCUCGAGAUACCCAUUCAUCACAUGUACGCUGAGCUUGAGUGAACUUUACAAACAAGAUAGCAUCACUUAAAUGAAAUUAAUGAUAAAAAAAGAUUUCAAAGCAUGCUUUAGUGCUUGGAAUUUGUCUGUUGGCACAAUUUGAUGAAAAAUUCAUGUUUGAUUUUCAAGGCAAUGUUAUUCAACAUUUCUAGUGGAUACCAGAGCUGCAUGAUAAAUUGAUGCCCUUGUGUAUUAGCACAUAUAAUAUGUUGGCCCUAGAGAGCAGUGUGUUAUUAUCAAUUUUGACACUUGGAAUGGCUCUGUACCAUUCUGAAGCUGGGUAUGGUGAUUUUUUUUUGUAGUGAAUAGGGUACUAAUUUUUAAUUACAUGCCAAGAAUGAGAGAGGAGUGCGAAGGUUUUCUUCUGUCGAGCACUUUUUCUGGACUGAUUAUUCACCAUCAACAGAGUGAAAAAAUUAAUAAGCAUUUUGUUUUCCAUGUCGAGAGAAAUGACACUGGGACUUCCACUUUCACCAAUGGCAUAUACAGUUACGAUGAGUCAAUAAUUGGCAAUGUUUUGUAUGUCACUGGCACCGGUCAAGUAUGAAGAGUAGCUGAUCAGGCUUUCAGGAACAACAAAGCUGUGCAAGCAAUAUUAACAUCGCUUCAAGAAAAAAACUGAGAUCUUCAUUUGAAUUGUAACAUAGUUUUGUUAACUUAAUUGUUAUCUAUCUAAUUUUGCAGGCUCAAUUCUUUGUAUAAGUAAUGUUCUGUAAAUUCUCAGCAAUUGUUCUGUAAAAGUUCAUUGGUUGAACUCAAGGGACUAUUGCUUUAAUGGGCAGGAUUGACUUUUGACUUGUAAAUUCUACAAUAUUCUCCAUAAAGUGGAAUACAAAUAAUUAGUUCUUUUAAGCAUUC